UCUGUUUCUCUUAAUUCUAGAUAAUCGAUAGUAUUUGAGCUUUUAGGACAAGGGAAACAUGGGAUAUACUUUUCCAUCCUUUUUUUUUUCUUUUGCAACUUGCUGUGAGAAUAAAAGGGUUCUUAUUUGUUUUCUGUUGAGUGUUUUUUAUUACCAUUGAACAUGAUUAGUUAUUUAUUUUUUUCUUAAUUUGUGGGGUUCUUUUUUUUUAUUUUUUAAAUUUGAAUCUGACAUUUAAAAGUCUGGCUUUAUUUAUUAUCACAAGUUUGAAGCUUAAUGAUGCUAAUGAUUCAUUAUUUUAGAGUUUUUUUAUUUUUUUUUAUUUUUUAUCUUAGCAAAAACAUACUUUCAGUACUAGCAAUCUGUUUUAUUCCUUUAGUUUUAUUUAAAUUUUCAUUUUUGGUAUUCCUAGCUCAUUUAUUGAACUAUUUAAGGAGACUUUAUAUCUCCUUUCACUUGGUUAGCUCUAUGGAUAUGAAUGUGCCUUUUCGAUUGUGGCAUGGCAAAUUCUAUGAUAUAUUUGUUUCUCUGUUCUAUUUUUGACCUUCAUGCUGUUCUUUUAAUGCCUUGUACAGUUGUACAGCUUCAGAAUUUAGUUGCACGUAAUAAAUCCAUCCCUUUGCUUUCCUGCUUUUCAUUACCUUCUUGAACUACCUUUAGCAAUCAUUAGGACUUACUGACAAUUGAUCCUUGUUAAUUAGCUGACAAUUUGUGAGUCUCGAAUGAGACUAGUUGUUACUUUAGGCACUAUAAACUCGUUUAAUCAAUUAACAUUUGAAGCAGGGGUGGUGUAAGGCUUUAUUUUGAUGUCGUUGAAAUUAGUGGAAGAAUUUUUGGUAAAAUGUGAGAAACAACAUAGGAAAAAAAGAAGAAAGAAAACUAGAAGGAAAGCAGGGGAAAAACAGAGCAUGCGUGUGAGCAGGGGGAAAGCAGAGUAUGACCACACUGUUCCAAUAUAACAGCAACGUUUUCUUUUGUUUUAUUUCAGUUCAAGCAGUCCUAUUUUACUUAGGACUUCAAGGAUUGGCCCCAGCAGCUGCGGAAAUUAAUGGGGAUUGUCUCCAACAUUAUUUAGGACUUGAUUUUAUCUAAAUCUACUUUUCUCCUACUUACCUAUAUAAUCUAGGUUUCCUGCUGUAUUUGGGUUUAUUAAAUUCUCCUAAUUUGUAGAGUUCUUUUCCUUUUAUGUUUAGGGGUUUAAAAACCUCUAUAAAUAUCCCAUGUUUUUAUUUAUUUCAGAUCAGAUUAUUACUAAUAAAAUUACAGCAGCAUAUAUUCUCUAAAAUUCUCCCUCUUGCGUGUGGAAUGUCUGUUCCUUAGCUACCCUCGUCAUAUUUUGGUUUUUGUUUUCUCCACUGGUUGCUGUUGUUGUAAUGUACGUGAUAUGAUUCAUUACAACACUGAAAUAUCUUCUUUGAGCUCUAGAAAGUAUCUACUGUUAAUUCUCUCUCUCCAUUUUCUUUGGUGGUCUUUUGGUAUUUGUCUGUGAAUGGUAGAAUUUGUAAUACAAUUGAAUGUGGAAGGCUGUGGAAGACUGCCACUGUUAAGCUAUGCCUUCUGAAAGUUUCUGUUAGGCAGAGUAUAAAUCCUAUAAAAUGGUGAUCAGGAUCUAUGUGCGUUAUGGGUAUGAGCUCUGGGUGGUGACCCAACAAUAUAUGCAAAAAUUGAGUGCAUUCAAAAGUAAGAAUGUUAAGAUGAAUACAUAGAGACCAGAAAAUGUUGUGGGGCAGCAAUUUGUGUAUUCAUAGAGGAUAAGUUGAUGAAGGAAUGUUUGAGAUGGUUUGGCUGUGUUCUACAAAGACUUAUUCAUGCAUUAGUGUGGAAGAGUGAUUGGAUUGAAGUAAUAGAAGCAAAGAAGAGGAGAGUUGUAUAAUAAACUAUACGAGUUAAAAUGGUUUACUUCAGUAGCACUGCAAAUCAAAGCAUUCGGCCCUAAAUAAAAUAAACUAAUGAUCCAUAUAUCCAGCUCCAGCUAAGAUUAAGACAAAUGAGUUCAGUUGAAUUUUGAAUGAAUGGACAGACUUGAUUAAUAAUGAAUGAAGCUCAGAAAUGUCUAGAAUAUCUUAAGUUUGACCAAAAUCAUCAAUGAUUAAUUUGCUCCUAAAAUGGGUCAUAUACUAUAACUUUUAGGUUUAUGUUAUCUCAGGCUCAGAUUUUCCUCAGUAAUUUUGUAUCAUAUUUGGUUUUGCUAUGCUAAUUUUUAAUGUGUUACUUGUUUUUUUCUUUGUAUGAUAUUUAAUUUAAUAUAGUUGAAAGCCAUUUAUUAUUCUUUUCUCCAAACUUGCAGGACUCAAUUUGAUGAGGGGAAUGAUACACAAGACUUUAGAACAUGUGAAACUGAUAUGGUCAAGAAAAUAGUAGAAAACAACUGCCAUUUGAAAAUAUCGAGGAUUUCAAGGAUACUUAUUCACCAAGAGUGAAAUAUAAGAUUCCUUGUUAGUGGAAUCAAAUUGCCUCUUUCAAAGUUUUUAUAAUUUUGAACACACACGCGGAAACCAAUAAUCCUUCAAUAAUGAGCUUUGAGCACAAAAAUCAACCAAGUUUCAGAAAUAGGGGAAAACAUGAUGUGCAGGAUAUUAGUGAUUCAGUUCAUAAGCAGGUUGAGGAAGGUAGCCAUUCUCAUAGUAAUGAGAUGAAUGAGCUGUCAUCUCUUCGUUUAUUGGAUAAAGGAGACAAAGAGGCUAUUGUUUUGUCAGAUGGAGGUGAAACUAAUAAACAUAUUUCACUUGUUAGCAGUGACAAAGAAAAUGCUCUUUCAGAAAGUUUGGCUUCUUUAUCAAUAAGACCACCAGCUAGACGUUUGAAGAAAAAACUUCUUGUUCUUGAUUUGAAUGGGUUGCUUGUGGAUAUAGUCUCUUCUUCUCCAAAGAAUUUUAAACCAGACAUAAGAAUUAGAGGGCGAGCAAUUUUUACGAGACCCUUUUGUCUUGAUUUUCUAAACUUCUGCUUUGAGAGAUUUGAAGUGGGCAUUUGGUCUUCAAGAAUUAAGAAGAAUAUGGAUGACGUUAUUAACUAUGUGAUGGGAGAUAUGAAGCACAAGUUAAUGUUUUGUUGGGAUCUAUCUCGCUGUACUAUGACACAAUUCAACACUCUUGAAAACAAGCAUAAACCCUUGGUUUUUAAGGAACUAAGGAGAAUAUGGGAAAAACAUGAUCCUGAACUUCCUUGGGAGAAGAGAUUUUAUAAUGAAUCAGAUACGUUGCUAUUAGAUGAUUCACCUUACAAAGCAUUGCUUAAUCCUGCGCACACUGCAAUAUUCCCUUAUUCAUACCAUUGUCAGGACAGCAAGGAUAAUGCUUUAGGUGAUGGAGGUGAUCUUAGAGUGUAUUUGGAGGGACUGGCUGAAGCUGAUGAUGUACAGAAGUUUGUAGAGCAACACCCAUUUGGUCAAAAACCGAUCACUGAAAGAAGUGCAUCUUGGGGUUUCUACCUCCAGGUUAUGAGCACAUUGUCUCCGUUCCCAUCCUUGAGAUAAUUUCUAUUUCCCUGUUAAUUUUGGAUAUGACUUUGCUAGUUAAAUUGGACGCAAGAUUUUUAAAAGAAAGAGGGAGGGCGGGAGCUGCUCUUCUUCAAAAUUUCAAAUUGCUGAUAUACAUCAUAUUUGUAGGCUUCUGGCAAUUCAUAAGUCUAAAGAAUAGAGUCUGUAGGUUACUCAAUAGACAAAACUUGAUGUUAAACUGGAUAUUGGAAUUGAAAAUCGGAUUGACAUUGUGGAUAAUUCACCCCUCUUAUGUUCUUAUUAUUGGAUAAUUACCACUGAUACUUUUUCUCUA